AGACUUUCCAGCAACUGGUUCUCUAUAUCCCAAGUGACUUUGGCCUAUGUAUUGGCCUAAGGCUAAAACUUUAGCCUGCAACUUGCCUGACCCAGUCUAUCCAGGAGAUCCACUUGUGAUCUAUUCUUCAUUCUUCAAUCAAAAUUGUCUUCAAUCUUGACAGGAGAAAGUGUCAUGUCUGGACGUGGCAAAGGUGGGAAAGGGAAGAGCAAGGCCAAGACACGGUCUUCUCGUGCUGAAUUGCAGUUUCCUGUUGGAAGGGUUGAUCGGCUGUUACGGAAGGGUCAAUAUGCUGAUCGUAUUGGUUCAGGAGCACCAGUCUAUCUAGCUGCAGUUCUGGAAUAUCUGACUGCUGAAGUGCUUGAGCUUGCUGGGAAUGCUGCCAAAGAUCAGAAGAAAGCCAGGAUUGGACCUCGACAUUUGCAGCUGGCAAUACGAAAUGAUGAAGAACUGAACUGCCUGCUUCAAGGAGUCACUUUGCCACAAGGAGGGGUGUUACCAAAAAUUCACCCAACUUUGCUUCCAAAGAAAAGCAUCUCAAGCAUUGACAGCUCUACUAUCCCCAACAAUCGUAGGUGUGAGAUCACAUCCUUACCUGACCACGACGAGGCAAGCCCUGGGCCAAGGGGUGCAGGGGAUCGCAAAUGUCCAACUCGGAAUCCAACAAGGCCUAGUCGGCCCGCCAUCGUCCUACGAGUA